GAGUUUUCAACCAGCUAAGUGCUAACGACUGAGCUCACCCAGCGUCGUUCUCCCUGCUGUCACAGAUCCAUUGUAAUGGGGGACGGCUCUGAAGUGAUGGAGGACAUUGUUUUUCGAGGGGAGGAGUUUUCUGUGAAGAUAGAGGUGGAUAACAGUUUGCUGAUGGUGGAAAUUGCAGACUCUACGACAGCAGAUCAGUGGAGGGGAGAGUUUGAUCCUGCUUAUAUUGAGGACCUCACUCGCAAAACUGGCAACUUCAAGCAGUUUCCUAUUUUCUGUAGCAUGCUGGAAUCAGCGGUCAGAAAGACGAGUGACUCCGUUACACUUGACCUCUUGACCUAUGCUGACCUGGAGCUGCUACGUAACAGGAAAGCCGGGGUAAUCAGUCGUCCCCGUGGUCAUCAGCAGUCGUCUGCCCUCACUGCCAAAAGAUAUCUAAUCCUCAUCUACACUGUGGAGUUUGACAGGAUACACUACCCUCUACCUCUGCCAUAUGUGGGUAAGCCUGACCCAGCUGCCCUGCAGAAGGAGAUCAGAGCCCUCAGAGCUGAGCUCAGUGCUCUCACCUCCCACCGAGUCAACAAAUCUACAGAAGUAGAGAUACAGCGGCUACGAGCAGAGUUGUCUCUGGUGAAAGAGGAGAAGAAGGCUAUGGCCAAAGUUCUGGAGCAGCUGCAGAUGAGUGUAAGUGGUUCCACAGCUGGACGAGGGGACUGGAUGGUCAGAGAUGUGGGCAGGACACUUGAAGAGCAGCUCAUCAAGGAGAGGUCCAAGAGUCAGGAGCAACGACUGCUAAUGGAAGAGGUGCAGGAGCUAAGAGCAUCAGAGCGUGCUCUCCGCCUUCACGUCAAGAGUCUCACCAGCGAACUGGUGUCACUACGCAGAGGGUUAGACAAUCUAAGCGUCCGAGUGACUCCCGUCUCCAGUCGCGUCAGCUCUAGGGUUGAUGGGGAACCACAUCGUUCUCUGUCCCACGAAAGAGGAUCAGGGUACGGAACAACCAGAGCUCGCUCAGGAUCCAGAGAGCGAAUAUACGACAGAGUGCAACGGUCAGCUGAGAGAGGAAGACGAGCAGAUUCCUCAGGACGCUGUGCUCACAUAUCCAGACAGUCACCCUCUCCCACUGGGUCACGGGUUCCACCACGCUUUGACCCCACUGCUUACAUCCAGGACAGACAGCGCAGACAGAAGGAAACAGAACUCAAAAAACAGAGGAAGGUGCGGAGGGACACGCCCAUGUCACCCAUCAUUCCCGAGAGGGGGCGCUCACGUUCCAGAGAGGCCUAUCCUCAGAGGGCUCGCUCUGGCAGCAGAGGCAGGAGUUUAUCUGUGGAGCGCAGAGGAAGCAGGAACUCCUCUGGAAGCUCCUUAGUGGACAUGGAAGAAAUGAGCAAAGCUCUGCUCAGAGGAAGAAAACAGAUGUACAGUUACAAUGGACCCAGUAUGUCAAGAGGAGGCUUUGUGACCAGGAAGCCACUGUGCAGUACUCCGACACAGAGAAUGAAAGAAAAAGAGACUUGUAUAGACGGAGGUGCUGAGCUAUCGGAGAUCGACGCCAGGCUGCAGGCUCUACAGGAUUAUAUGAGAGACCUAGAUACUGGACAGUAAAACAAAGUCCUCCGACAUCAGGAAACUACAGCCAUCACUGUGAAGCACCACUUUUUCUGAAACAUUUUUGUUCAUUAACUUAAAAUCUGUAUAUAAAUGAA